ACAUUCACCGGUAAUUUUGUCUACUAUAUUCAAUCUGUGCUCCCAGAUGACAUUGUAAAAACAGUACUGGAGAAAAUAGGUUACACUGCAACAACAGCAACAGAGUUUUCACUUGUCAAAAAGAGAAACUAUGAGGAAACAAAGCAGACUGCAUUUGAAAUAUUCCUGGCAAGAAUCGAGUGUGAAACCAUCCUCGAAAUGACAGAUAAAGAAAAACAUGGCAAUUUGGAGAAGACCCUACAGAAGAGAACACAAACACACCAGCAUCAUGGAGAUAAAGACAGAGCAGAUCAGACACAUCAGAGAGAAGACACUGAAAAUCUAGAAAAUAGAGAAAACUGUGAGCUAUCUUUGUGCCUUGCUACUCAACAGAAGUCUUCUACUGAUAGUGAUGUAUCCUCUGAAGCUUCGGGGAGCCCGCAGAUGAAGGACGUGGUGCCUCAGUUAGCAGCUGCUCCGUCCACUGACAGGCCUCAGGAACACCAAAGGCAGGUCACUAACACCGUCCAUGGUCCGGGCAAAGGCUCAGACAGCGAGGACUUCUUGAUCAAAUAUAGUGACAUUGUCAUAAGACAAACACCUAUUUUCAGUGAGAAUCUUUCUCCAAAAGCUUUUGAAAAAAGGCCAAGGGCCAGUCUAAGUGAAGAAUGUGUUUUGGCAGCCACUGCAGAGUCAGCUGCAGGUGAGAUCAGGCCUGUGCCGCUCUCACCGGGAGCAAGCGGUCCGCCAGCCUUUGCAGUGUUUGCUGACAGCUCUUGUGACAGCCAACCCACUUUGGAGUACAAAGCUCAAGUAGUCCCUGAAGAAUCAAUUGAAGCAGAAAUUAAUGAUGCCAUGAAUUGCAUAGACCCAGACCCUGGAGAUGAACCCAAUGAGCUGAAGUCUCUGCCGUACGAGGAUGUUACACUGGCCCAAAACUGUAGCAUCCCCAGGGAAGAGGAUGUCUGUGAGCUGUCUUUAACCUUCACAGAACUCCAGAUGCAGGACACACAGGAAGACCUUAUGUAUCCAGUGGAGGAAACUGGCCAACCUGAGUCAGUAUUGUACCCAAGUACCAGCGACAGGCAUGUAAGAGAAUUUAAUCACUCCAAAAUAAAGCACACCUAUCUGAGUAACGCUCAGAUGCACAACAGAGCAGCUGCACAGAUUGAGUCAUCUUCAGAUCUGUGCUGUACUGCUGGGAACAUGGAGGAUCCUACUGCUGGUUCUGAUAGCAAGAGACUAUUGAUGGAUACUCCUGAGGCACCUACAGCUGCCGAUUGCUUCAGGCACGUCAGAGAGCCUCCUAACCUCACCUACAUCCCUCCAGAGAGUAUGGACGUUCAGCCUCCCCGCGCGGGACGCCCCAGCGCGCGGCGCAGGAGGAGCCUCCUGCAGCCCGGACGGGACUGCCCCACACCCAGCCACCUAAAGCUGGAGAGCUGUAAGCCCAAGGUACACGACAUCCAGGAGCCUUAUGUCAUUAUUGACAAAACUGACCAGGGAAUGUUAUGCCAUCACACUUGA